AGCGAGGUAAACAAAAUGCAUCAACGGCAGUUGGAUUUUCCGGCUUUUCCGCUUUCCCUGCUGGACGACAGCGAUCUAGAGCCACAGAGAUGCUAUGUGCCAACUGGGGAGGAUCCUCCAGGUUCAGGAUGGUGCCGCUGCAAUCUUUCCGAUGGCAACUACGCAGUAUGUUGGGUUACUCCGCGUGCCGGCAGUGAAACUUGUUGCUUCUUGGAUGGAGUAGUCACCUCCUCGUCAAGAUUUGUACUCACCAAUCAGCGAUUGGUGCUCCUGGAGCCACUAAAACUGGUACCCUGCCUAGAGAGGAUACCGUGCGUGGUAAGUGUAACCCAGGAACUGCUCCAGCGUCCUCAGGUUUCUCUGGAGGAUCUGGAGGAUGAUGUGAGGGUGUUUCUGCGCCACCUGAAGCUAACAAAGGGGUGCUCCGUGCAACACAGACGACUUGCCCAGUUGGGCAUCGCCAGUGUGGAGAUAUUUGAUGCUCCUGGAGUUGCGGAUAAUGAAUGCUUCGAAGUAGCCCGAGAUGUUGAACUGCUCCUUGUGGACACGCGUCUGGAAAUGCCCUAUCCUUUGGUUUCCACCUCUAAGUUCCUGCUACACAGCUUUGAGCAGGCCUUGGAGGAUUUGGAGCAGCUGCUGGAAUCUGCCAAAAGCGGUUACUCGCUAAGAUUUCCCACCACAUCGUUGGUUGUGGGACCUGUGGGCAGCGGAAAAAGUCGCCUCCUUGGAGAGUUCGUGCGCCGCCAUAGCUGUAAUUGUUUCUACAUCACAGCCAGCCAGGUGCUACGCUCAUACCCAGGAGAAACGGAAGAGGAACUAAGGAGGAUAUUUCAAUCUGCAGAAACUUUCAAGGAGCAGCUGCGUCCUUUACUGCCCAUUGUGAUACUCAUUGAGGAUCUGGAACUGCUCUGCCCAUCGACAAGUUCUGCUGACCCCAAAAACUCUGGUAAUUCCCUGCGCAUCUCCGCUCAGCUUUUCAAACUGAUAGAUGCACUGCCUCAGGGCAUUAUUUGUGUGGCCACCUCUGGUUCCCCAGACUCCCUGCAUGAACACGCGCGCAGACGUUUUGUGCGGGAGAUAUCCAUUGAGAUGCCCAGCGAGGAGCAACGCAGACAGCUCGUGAAGCAACUCUGCCAACAACAUGAGCUGGAAAUUACGGAGCAUCUACUCGAUCACAUGGCCAGAAACACACAAGGCUAUGUGAUGGCGGAUCUAACGCUCCUCCUGCGCCGCGUGCAGCAGGAACUGCUGACAAAAGAGGACUCCAAUGUGGAGCAAGUCUUCCGCCAGUCGCUGCUUCGAACUCAGCCAAGUGCCUCGCGAGCCACAGAUGUGCGGGUGUCCAAAAUGUCGGCUGGUUUCGAGGUUAUCGGAGGAAUGGAAUCCCUGAAACGCACCUUGCAGGUCUCCGUUUUAGCGGGCUUAAGACAGAGUGCCGCCUUCGCGCGCUUCGGACUGACUCUGCCCAAGGGAGUGCUGCUCUAUGGACCUCCGGGAUGUGCCAAGACCACCAUUGCCAAGUGCUUGGCCAAGGAGGCUAACAUGACCUUCAUUGCCACCUCGGCGGCGGAAGUUUACUCGCCCUAUGUGGGCUGUGCCGAAAGAUUUAUUUCGAGAAUAUUUGACACGGCGCGAAAGAAUGCGCCUUGUCUUAUAUUUCUGGAUGAGAUUGAUUCCCUGGUUGGCAGAAGGACAGUUUCGAGUGGCGGAGGUGGUGGCCAAGUUCAGCUGAGGAUUCUCUCCACGCUGCUCACCGAAAUGGAUGGCAUUGUGGGUGGUGGCAGUCAGCAGCACAUACUGGUGGUGGCGGCCACCAAUCGUCCCGAUAUGAUUGACGACGCCUUGAUGCGACCCGGUCGCUUCGACAAGCUCAUCCAUGUCCCAGCCCCAGAUGUGGAAUCUCGUCUGGCUCUGUUGCAACUACACGCCCAGAGGAUGCCCUUUAAUGGGAAUGUGGAUCUUGUGCAAAUUGCCUCCCUCACUGAACGUUAUUCAGGAGCGGAUCUAUGUAAUCUCUGCAAUGAGGCUGCCAUUGAGGCUUUCCAGCGCGAUUUUGAGGCCACCGAAAUUGAGCUGCAGGACUUUGAGAAGGUUUUGGCCAAGCAGAAAUCCUCGCUCACGCAAAGUCAAAUAGAUGGCUACUAUAAGUUUGCUUAUAGGUUUUUGUAA